AAGACUGCGGGGAGGAACACGCCGAGGAACACUCGUGGUUUCAGAUCAAGGCACUGUUGUCGACACAACAAAGGCGCUUCAGAAACAUUGUGACUAAGGUUUGUGUCCAGACUGCCGACCAGCCUGCCCGCCGCCAUGAUGCUGUACCUGAUCCUACUCAUCACUGCUGUCUGCAGCUCCGUCUGUGGAACAGCGCAGGACGGCGACACAAAGCACCAGAUGCUGUGUAAAAUCAGGGAAUCAUGCCAGGACACCGAUCUGACCAAGCCCAACCCCAACGACACCUCUUCGGCGAAUGACCUGUGCAGAGCUGCAGAAGACGACCUCAAGUCUCUCGACCCCUCCACCUGUGAAUCGCUGCUUGCUCGGGAGAAAUAUGACCAAGGCGACAACGAAAACCCCGAGCAACCAGACAGCGUGGACGGUCAGAUCUUUGAUAUGAUAGAAAAGCUGCUGUCUCGUGAGAUCGAGGACCAAACCGACAACGACAAGCCCGAGAAGCCAGACAAUGUGGACAGCCAGACAACUCACACCGACCCGGCUCCACCGGCCUUAAGCAAGCGCGGAAAUUACUUUUCCGACUGCUCUGAGAUCCACACAGCCCAAUCUCUGUACCAUACUGUGUCUAGUGGUGUACACAAAAUACAACCUGUAGGUCUGUCCAGCCCGAUCUCUGUAUACUGUGAUCAGACCACAGAUGGGGGAGGGUGGACGGUCAUACAGAGGAGGUUUGACGGGUCUAUCGACUUUAACCGACCUUAUAACGCCUUUAGGUACGGGUUUGGGCCAGCCGAUGGGGAGUAUUGGCUGGGUUUGGAGAACAUGUACCGUUUGACCAAUCAGCACACGUAUACUUUGUACGUACAGUUGGAAGAUUGGAAUAGUGUGGUCAAGUACGCAAAGUAUUCGUCAUUCUCGGUGGGGAGUAGUAGUUCCAACUAUCUCCUGUCUGUUAGUGGGUACAGUGGGACCGCUGGGGAUGGGUUCUACUUAUCGACUACAUCAUCUGGUAACUACCUAUCGGGUCAGGCCUUCAGUGCUAGGGAUGUAGACCGUGAUGCAUGGUCCGGCGGGUCCUGUGCUGGUGGUCACGGUGCCUACACGGGAGGGUGGUGGUACAAGUCCUGCACUACUUCUGCCCUGAACGGCCCGUACCUGCGUCCCUCUGACCGUACCGGUCACAGUGGCUGGGGCAUAGCUUGGGUCAGGUUUGGAGGCUCCUAUUUUUACUAUCUGAAAAAGUCCAAAAUGAUGGUCCGCCCUGCCAACUUCCGACCGUAAGUUGCCAGACACUAACCCAGCUGACAGGUCGAGGAAUCAAAAUGUUUGACACAAACCAUUACCAUUACCCACACUCACUCUGUAUCAAUUUUCUUUAAAUAGGUCAUUCAAUCUUUAAACCUACUUAUUUGGUAAUUAUAAUCUCUACCUCACUCUGGUAAUCUUGGUAGAGGAAAUUAACACAUACAUACAUACUUACAUAAUACUCAGAGAGUUGAAGCAUUUAUAUAGUUCAGCUUUCAGCGUUUUCUAUCGUACAUCAUUUCGAUGCGUUCUUUUCCAUACCAGUUCCAUACCACUCAAUAAUGUCCUUUAGUGUAGACUGUAGAGUUUGGACGACCUCUUCUCAUCUUCGCGUCCGGAGACCAAAUAAG